AUGAGGGGGCAUGAGGAGGCAAUAUGGAGGGAUGAGAAUGCAAUGAGGAGGGAUGAGGAGGCAAUGAUGAAACAAUGCGGAGGCAAUGAGGAGGUACGAGGAGGCAAUGAGGAGACAGUGCGACAAUUCUGCGCCACAGUAUAUGAAGAGUUGUUAGAAAAUUUGACAGAACAAGGAAAGGAAGCAGUGGAGGAGAUAAAUCCAUGGUUGAUGGUGACUUUAAUUGACGUAGACAAUCUGGAUGAAGUCAUUUUUGCUGGGAGGAAAGAUUGCCUUUUCUAUGAAGAACUUGACCAGCUUCUUGGCAAAGAUCCAGACAUUUCACCAAGGGUCACAUUGAGUUCAACAGCAUCAAGUACUUCAAGCAAGCCCACUGAUUCGGAGAAUUCAACAGCAUCAAGUACCGCUAGCAAGACCAGUGAUUCAGAAUCUGAUAAAGACAUGCCAGGAGAGUCCGGUAAACAGAAUAAGAAACCUGUGAAGCGCCGCAAGUCGCAAGCAUCACAUAUUGAAGAGUUUCUAGAAACAUAUGUUGACAGGCAGGAAGAAAGACAUCAGAAAGAAGUUGAAGAAAGGAGAAAGAUGCAUCGUGAGAAGAUGGGCAUUUUAAAAUCUCUGUGCAGUGAUUUGAAAAAGUGAACUGGUUAACACAAAAGCAUAACCUAGCUGGUAUGACAUCUAGAUAGAUAGCCGUUUAUGCAGUUGUUGAAUGGACAGCUGUUAUUUGUUCAGUUUAAAAAGUUAAAUGUUUAUAAAAUUGUUUAUCUGAUGCAGAUUAGUUCGGUAAUAGCAAAGUUAUUGCCCUUGACUUAGUCAGAAUUUGCAAUUUUAAUUUUGUAUGUUGCAUACAUUUGAAAGUGUUUGAGCCACAGUCAGGAAAAUUUGCAGCUAUAUUGAUCAGCAAAAUUAGUUGUGCACCUAGUGUUUCACUUGUGAGUCCUUUUAGUUAUUGCAGAGUUAUUGCCCUUGACUUAGUUUAACUUGACAAUUUUAAAGUGAUAUGUUGCUAGACCAUUUUUUAAAUGAAACUCAUAAUGAAAGAAAAGUAUAUUUUCAGGUUUGUCAUAGUAAAUUAGUAAAAAUGUUUUUAUGCAGGUUGAAUAAAGAAUGUGGCUGCAUACAUUGGACAUGUUUUAAUAGACUGGUAAAGUGGGGCAUCUGUGUCCUAUGGACAGACAUUAUUGGACACAUUUCAAGUUUUAUUGGAAUUUCUGAUUAUAUGCUUUAGGAAUAAAUUAGUAGACUAUAUGCAAGAUGUAUACAAAGAUAUUUGAAUGGUGUAAAACUUCUUUUGUCUUCAAUAUUACAUUAGCUAAAUUGUUCUAUUUAAGUAUUUUGAAAGGACCAGAUGCUGAAAGUAUGCAUGGCAUUGAAAGUCAAAACCCUAUGCUCUGACAGUAAUGUUUUCUGGUAUCUUGUUUGUUGUGCUGUUGGGUAUUAUAAAAAUACACUUUUGCUUUUGUUUAACGUUUAGCAUGGUGUGAUAAUGUAAGAAAAAUGACAAAGCUGAAUAACUGUUCUGUAUUUUGACCGAAUUAUGUCCCUUAUUUGUAUUUGGAAAGUCUGUUUAAAUUUUGUUUGCAAAACAAAAGUGGUUGUUUAUUUAGGUCUUACCCUUAUAGUUGCUAUUAGGUCCAACCAGUUAGGUUGAUUGUAUAUAUUCAACCAGUGCAGUUGUUUGUUUAAGGUUUUUGCUGCAACAGGCAUUGCAUUGACACAAAUAUGUUAAUGGGUAUACUAUAACAGGCUUUGCAUUGUCACAAAUAAGUAAGUUCCAUACAGUGAAACCAUUUAGGCUCUAUAGGUUGGCAUAUUGCCUUGUAUUCAUCUGUUAAGUUUGAUACAUUUAUGUGAUUUUUAUUACUAGUCAGUGUCAUAUCAACUGAUAUUAUAACAUGUUGUUAUGUCUUUUAUUCAAUACAUGUUGUUUUAUGUAAGCAUCAUAUUAUGUGAUAAAAUUUAUACAUUAAUUUUGAAACAAAAGCAAGACCAGAGAAUUAUGUCAUUAUCUAUUGUUAUUAACUUGACUGGGGGUAGCUCAGGAAACAGUAUUACCUUAUUUAAUUCAUAAUGUGAUGCUUCUUGUUUAAACAUUUGCAAUACAAAUUUAUCAUUUUUUUAUAUUUAUUUCUGUUUAUACUUGAAAGUACAAGUAUUGUUUUGAACACCAAAUAAAGUUAA